AUGACGGCCGGCUCCAGUGCGCGCGCUGGAGUCCUUCCCUACAGUCAUGGCCGCAAUGACAAUGAUGGCUCCUCCAAUGGCCCCCAGCAGCCGACCAAGGCUCCAGCAACGGGCGUGCAGGCGGCGGGCAUGCGGGCUGUCGCCGCUCAGAUGGUGGCCUUCUACUUCAGAGCGCCUGUGAAAGCCUUUUUUCGGGGGAGAAUAGACUACAUGGGCUAUGCUAGAGCUAUCAAUCCGCACAUCAGCGCUGCGGCUGGGUGGUCGUGGAGAAUGACAACACCAGCUAUACUCGCCCAUGCGAUACGAACUGAGGGAUGGAGUGUCAUACCGAACCAGGUGCUCCCGCCGUUGAUGGCCAACACAUGCAUCGGCGCAGUUCUCUACACGGCAUACCUCCACAGCCUCUCCUCGUUACAUGCGCCCUCGUCGUACCAGACCAAGCGCGUCUUCCCUCCACCGCCUCCCUCGGUGACCUUUACUGCAGGCUUCGUGGCCGGCGGCAUCCAGUCGGUUGUCGCCGCGCCAUUCGACGCUCUGCAAACUCGCUUCCGCACUGCCGAUAUCCUCGAGGGCAAGUACAAGACCAUGUGGCACUAUGCCGGCCACAAGCUAGGUUCCAUUGGUCUGCAAGGCAUAUUUGCUGGUUGGACGUUAAGCUUCGUCAAGGAUGCUCUUGGCGCUGCUGUCUUUUUUGGCACCUUUGAGACCAUCAAGAGUCAGGCAUAUUACGAAUACGUCGCCCGCUACUACGGCAGUAGGACGCGCGAUACUCUCUUGGACAAAUCCAUUCCCUACCUGGACGACGACGACAGCCGUCCUGUCAUCAGACCUCACUAUAUGCUCGAGCCCAUGUUCUUAUUGUUAGCAGGCGUCUCCGCGUCCAUUACCUCCCAACUCGUUCAACAUCCCCUCUCCGAAAUUCAAGACGUACAUUACCGCCGACUAGAAGCGCUCGACUUCCAAGCCCAUGAAGAACGCAGGCCAUCACACAUCAUGCGCCGCUACUACCACGCCUACGAACAGACUUUCGCCCAGUGCGAGAGACUGGCGAAGCGCGCCGGCGGAUGGAGAACCUAUCUUUACAGAGACUUUCUGAUGAGCACAAUACGGCAGGUGCCUAGCACAAGUGCCGGCCUGAUUGUCUUCGAAGUCGUUCGACGAAAGUAUUCUUUCGAGAACGAAGAGGUCAUGAUCAACCACGAAGAUGCGCGCAUACUGUUGAAUUAA